AUGCCCAAUUCAGCGGCAUUGGCAGACGAUUUUUCGCCUCUGCUCGGUUGUUGCUGGGCAGUCCCGACUCAUCCUCCAUUCCCACCCUCUUUUUGCUCAGAUGGUCUGACGAAAGCUCGGCUGUCGCCGGACCUCUUCGACUCCAGCUUCUCUGGCCACCUCGACGGCCUGAAGCAGUGGGCUGCGUCGACGCCCAGCCGCGUUCGUCGACAGGCCCGACUGCCCUGUCCAGACAGACCCACCUCCCGGACUGGGAUGACCGGUGUUGGCAUGGCAACCGCGGGCAAACGAGGCCUUGAGCCAUGGCGCUGUCGGUUCGAGGAGAAUCUGGCGUUGUUGACCGACUUGACCGAGGCCAACGCCGAAGCCGACGAAGUGGCGGCGGCCGUGGCAGCCGUCACCGACGAUGGCGAAGACGACGAUGAUGCCGUCUUCAGUUUGUCCACAAUCCUCGAAGCCGCAGACCGGCCGGAAGCAGUGCGCUUCGGUACCGACGCCUCGAACUACGCCUGGCCACUGGGCAAUGAGGUUACCACGGCAACGGCCAUCACUUGCGUCAAUGUCACUCUGGCCUCGGGCGUCCGAACCACCACGACGACUGCUACGAAGACCGGCAUGACGACGGGCAAAUUGGAGGUCCGAGCGUCUGCUGGGCUCGGCGGGAUGGAAGAGAAGGGGGGACAGAAAAAGGAGGAGGAGGAGGAGGCGGAUGAGGGUGAGGGGGCGCAGGAAGAAGAAGAAGAGGAGGAUACCGGCUACGCUACCAACCUGCGGCAGAAGUCGCCGUCGGGUGAAGAAGAAGCCUCAGAGACGGCCGGCGCCUCGUCCGACGGGCCGCUCUCCGCACCGACGACGCCGCCACCGGCGCUCGACCUGAGCCGGCACAAUUCGGUCUCUCGCGAUUGGUUACACGGCCAAUCGCAGUCGGUCGCCUGUCCCGGCCGCGUCUGGCCGGCGGGCUUGCCCCCCGCCCCGCUGGAGCACGGACUGCUGCUGCUCGCGCUGCUGCAAUUGGCCAACUCGACUCCUCCUCCGGCCGCUCGAGGAGGCCGGCCCGACAAAUGCGUUGCCCCGCUGCCGCCUCCUCAACUCCUCCCGCCCACUAUCGCCUUUUUCCCACCCCCUCCUCUUCCGUCUCCUCACCAUCAUACUCAGCAUCCCCCUCCCCCUCCUCCUCCUCUUCCCAAUUAUCAUCAUCAUCAUUACCAACCACAGCAGCAGCAGCAACAGCAACAUCAGCGGGUCUGUCUGGCUGAGAGCAACCUGCUGCAGGAGCUGGCCCUGGCCCAACUCAAUGUCGUGCACGGCUUCGUCGCCUCCUCCAACUCGGCCUCGUCAUUCCGCCCCUCCGAACGUCCCCUCUCCCUCUCCCUCUCCCUCGCCGCCCCCCCCAGCCCUAGCCAGUCCGGACAGGCCGGCUACGGCUGCCGGCCUCGGACCCGCGGAAUGGCUGACACGAGCCUCGCUUCACCCGACGACGGACGCCGGCCUCGGGACUCGUGCCCAGCGGACGCGACGCAGACUCGAGCGACGACGGAGACCGCCGCAGUCCUCGGCUUCACCGGCUCUCCGACGGCCACGGCAACACGCGGCCCCGUCAUCGGCGGACGCCUCGGCAGAGCACAGAAGAGGACAAGUCAAGACGCCGGACAAGACGACGACGACGACGACAACAACAACAAUUACGACAGUGACAACGACGACGACGACGACGACGACGAGGAUGAGGACGACGAUGAAUGGACCGGCGACGGCGACAGAGAGAAAGACAAAGACAGAGACAGAGAUAGAGAUAGAGAUAGACAGAGCAGCAUCGGAAGCCGCCAAGACGCCAGCGAAGGUGGCAAGGAACCGGCCAUAUUCUACGACCCAGAACCGGCGGACGCAAAGCAGAAGACUCGAGAAAUGCUGGCCCUGAAUGAUCCUUGUAUUCGAUUCGUCAACGAUGGGGCUGCCAUCCGAAACCCUUUCGCCGUGGACCGAAAAAUUCAACUUGCCCACCUCACCGAACUUUUAUACUCACAACUUGAAAACUUGGGCGGAAUUGGCGUGGUCAUCAUUCUGCUCGAAGUUUCUUUUUGUGGAAAUAGAAACAUUGUCGAGUCACGUUGA